AACUUAUUUGUGCUGCUCAGGAAGUUUCUACUUUAUUGCAAAAUAAUCGCCAAGUAUAUAUCUUAAGGAUAUUACCGUACAAGAAACUUUCAGUUGAAAUUUGUGUGUGAAAUAAGUGCGUUGCUUAAAAAUUCAGUACAAUGUUUUGGUGACGUUUUUCGAAUUCGAAAGUAUACGCAUGCAUACUUGCACGAUAUCGAACCGAUACUUGAGUAAUAGUGUGACCGAAGAACGUGUAUCUCUCCGAUGAUAAACUUUAAACGUCAAUUGUCUGACGUAUCUUAGGCACGCCGUCAAAUCCGUCAAAUCAUCAGUGACGCGCGAGCGUGGAUAGUGCAUUAACAGCCGCAUAGAAGAGUGCAACUGAAGUACCUACGACAAAAAGAUUUAUUCAAAAAUGUGGUCAUUGACGACUCUGCUUGUGACAACUUUGGCAUUCGGUAGCGCUAUAUCGAAGACAGUUAACUUACCGAGUAACGAUACGGAAUGGCGAUACGGUUUCGAAGUCGAUUACGAAAACAAUCAGUUUUUAUUGGAUGGAAAACCCUUCCGAUAUGUUUCCGGUAGUUUUCAUUAUUUUCGAGCGCCUAGACAAUACUGGAGAGAUCGUUUAAGGAAAAUGCGAGCCGCGGGACUUAACGCUGUCUCCACUUAUGUUGAAUGGAGUCUUCACGAACCAGAACCAGGUCAAUUUAAUUGGGCCGGCGACGCAGAUCUAGUAAAUUUCUUAAAUAUUGCACAAGAGGAAGAUUUGCUCGUGUUAUUGCGACCGGGUCCUUAUAUUUGCGCGGAAAGAGACUUGGGUGGUUUACCGUAUUGGUUGCUUCGUGAAGUACCGAAUAUAAAGUUACGCACAAAAGAUGCAGAUUUCGUGAGAUAUGCUACAUUGUAUCUAAAUCAAGUGCUGGAUAAAGUAGAACCACUUUUAAGGGGUAAUGGGGGACCAGUAAUUAUGGUUCAGAUAGAAAACGAAUACGGAAGUUACAAUGCUUGCGACACGGAGUACACGGACAUGUUAAAAGAAGUUUUUGUCAGAAAAAUCGGCAAUAAGGCUCUUCUGUAUACAACCGACGGUAACUCCGCGUCUUUACUUCGAUGCGGAUUCGUACCUGGUGCAUAUGCCACCGUCGAUUUUGGAACGGCCAGCAAUGUGACUAAUAGCUUUCAGAUUAUGCGCCUUUAUCAGCCAAGAGGCCCGUUGGUGAAUUCUGAAUUCUAUCCAGGUUGGUUAACGCAUUGGGGAGAUAUCUUCCAAAGAGUAAAAACAAAAGCUGUUACAAAAACGUUGACGGAAAUGCUUGCUGUAGGUGCUUCGGUUAACUUUUACAUGUUUUAUGGAGGUACAAACUUCGGUUUCACUUCUGGAGCUAAUGGUGGGGUAAACGUGUACAGUCCACAAUUGACUUCGUACGAUUACGAUGCUCCUUUGACCGAAGCCGGAGAUCCGACAGAUAAAUACUUUGCUAUAAGGGACGUUAUCGGUCUCUAUUUGCCGUUGCCAAAUAUGUCUCUCCCAACUGUAUCUCCGAAAGGCAAUUAUGGUCCAGUGUUAUUGGAACCGGUACAGAAGUUGCUCGACAGUCAGUCUCCAUUCGCGGUGAUCCGGACGACUGGACACCAGCCUAAAACCUUCGAGGCUCUCUCGGUGAAUCAAGGAU